ACCAAUUCAAAGAGAAAUGGAGAACAAACGUGAAUACAGAGGUCAUGUUCUUGUGCUUCCAUAUCCUAGCCAGGGUCACAUCAACCCUCUCCUCCAAUUUGCUAAGCGCCUAGCCUCUAAAGGCGUCAAGGCCACACUUGUCACAACCACCUACACUGUCAGCUCCAUUCACGUCCACAACGUCGGCGUCGAGUCCAUCUCCGAUGGUUUCGACGAGUCCGGCUUUGCUCAAGCGGCGGAUGAGGAAACGUUUCUUCAGUCAUUCAAGGCCAACGGCUCCAGAACCCUAUCCCAAGUCCUCAACAAGUUCGAAGACUCUGAGUUCCCGGUGAACUGUGUUGUGUAUGAUUCGUUUCUGCCUUGGGCUCUGGAUGUGGCCAAGGAGCAUGGCAUAUAUGGAGCCACUUUUUUCACGAACUCGGCUGCUGUGUGUAGCAUUGUGUCUCAGAUUCAUCAUGGACUACUUUCUCUGCCGUUUAAGCCUCAAGACAUGCCCUUGUUAAUUCCUGGGUUGCCUCCACUGAACCUUGUUGACCUGCCUAGCAUGCUUCAGAAGCCGGAUAGUCACCCAGCUUACUUGAAGAUGAAACUGAACCAGUAUUCUAACUUGGACCAGGCUGACUGGAUCUUUGGAAAUACUUUCCAAGCACUAGAAGGCGAGGCUGCCAAAGGAGUAGCAAAGCUGUGGCCAGCAAAGUUGAUAGGCCCCAUGGUCCCUUCAGCUUAUUUGGAUGGCCAGAUUAAAGGGGACAGAGGAUAUGGAGCAAGCCUAUGGAAGCCUCUGGGUGAAGAAUGCACCAACUGGCUAGAUACAAAGGCACCUAAAUCAGUAGUGUAUGUCUCCUUUGGAAGCAUGGUGUCCCUAACUGCAAAGCAAAUGGAAGAGUUUGCGUUGGGCUUGAAAGAGAGCGGGGUGAAUUUUCUGUGGGUGGUAAGAAAAUCUGAACUGAGUAAAUUGCCAAAUGAAAUCAUUGACUCUGUAAAGGAAAAGGGUCUGCUAGUGACUUGGUGUAAUCAGCUGGAAGCCUUGGCACAUGAAGCAAUUGGGUGUUUUGUGACUCAUUGUGGUUGGAAUUCGAUACUCGAAGGGCUCAGCCUUGGGGUUCCAAUGGUUGCAGUGCCAAAGUGGGCUGAUCAAAUGACCAAUGCUAAGUUUGUGGAGGAGAUUUGGGAGGUUGGAGUCAGAGCCAAGGAGGAUGAUGAGGGCAUUGUGAGGAAAGAAGAGUUUGUUGGAUGUCUGAAGGACAUUAUUGAGGGAGAGAGAAGCAAAGAGAUCAAGAAGAAUUCGAGUAAAUGGAGGGAGUUGGCUAAGAAGGAAAUCAGUGAAGGGGGAAGCUCAGACAUAUGUACUAGUGAAUUUGUAGCGCAUCUGUGUGCUAAUUAA